AGCAGGAAAUAAUUCAGUGACAUGCAGACAGGGAUACAAAUUACAAAGUAAUUUUAUUUCAACACUUAACUGUUCCACACCUAAUUCUGAAAACGUAUAUAAAGUGGACUGUUCAGGUCGUUCAUUCUACCUGCACUAGCAUCAGCUCUGCAGUCAAGAUGAAAUUCACUAUUGUGACUACCGUCCUUCUUGGACUCCUGCUGACUCCAGCCCUUGCUGAUUAUUUUCAGAAUACUGACAUAAGCAAGCAAAUCACCGUUUCUGGAGGCUACCAAACUCUGACCAUCAGUAGGGAAUGGCGUGUGGCAAUUAUUGAGGAAAAGAGCAAUAGUGGGUCAUGGAAAACCAUUUGGAACUACGAUACGGGCUUCAUUGCAACCAAAGUGCUGUCAGAGAGAGCUUGCUUCAUUUCCGUAAUGAACAGAAAUGAGAUGCCUAGCUUUGAUACACUUCCCACUGUGGUUGAAGAAAGAACGAACCUGAAAGGUCAAGGACAACCCACAAGGGAGAUCACAUUCGUCCUCAUCAAGAGACCUGUCCGUGACCUCCAGUCUUACGGACCAGACAUCUUUGCUAUGUGCAGAGGACUCGCAACCUAUGUGGCUUAUGAAGUUCACGGACCCCAAUACACAUCCUACAACCAAGGAUCAUGCAUUAGACUUGAUGUCCUGCAACUUGUCGACCUUAACUACUGUCGUGGCAAUAACAAGAUCUGAAAACCUUACCUUUCUUGAACCAAGUACGGAUGCCCGAUAG